AUGAAGAUAGAAAUGGAUUACAACCUUGCCAACAGAACUGUUUAUGUUUUUCUAGCUGGACAUAGCCUUGUAUGGAACAUUUCUAUUUUUGUGAAUAAUAUGUACAGUGUUAGAGGAGGUAUCAAAACCAAAUCAAUACACCUUAUUAUUAUCCAUUUGGCUUUUACAAACAUCAUAAUGCUUGUUUCCAAAGGAGUGCCAAAGAUAAUACCAGCUUUUGGUGUGAGAAACUUCCUAGAUGACACAGGCUGCAAGAUUGUGGCUUAUCUGGAGAGGGUGGCCCGGGGCCUGUCCAUCUGCACCAGUGCUCUCCUCACAGUGGUCCAGGCUGCCGCCAUUAGUCCCAGACACUCCAGGUGGAGGAGGCUCAAGCCCAGGGCUUCAUGGCAGGUCUUUCCCCUGCUUCUCUUUUUUUGGAUUCUCAAUUCCUUGAUAGACAUAAAUUUAGUAUAUUCCAUCACAAAUAUCAGCAUGAACAUAUCACAACUUAGGAAGAGUGACACCUACUGUUUUUAUCUACGAGGAAGACAGAAAAUGAAAUGGCUUUUUCUCACUGUCAUGGUCCUACGAGAUGCUGUGUUUCAGGGCUUCAUGGGUGGAGCCAGUGGCUACAUGGUGUUUCUUCUCCACAAGCACCACCAGCGUGUUCUCCACCUGCAGAGCUGCAAGCUCCUCUACAAAACUCCUCCUGAGAUCAAAGCAGCUCAAAGUGUUCUUCUUCUGAUGCUCUGUUUUCUUUUCUUUUAUUGGAUAGAUUGCGUUCUUGCCCUAUACAUAAGCUUUGAGAAUCAUUCCAUGGUAAUAAAUAUUCGAGAAUUUCUGACCAUUGGUUAUGCAAUUCUUAGUCCUUUUGUAUUGAUUCACAGAAAAGGACACCUGGCUAAUUGCCGGCAUGCUCAUUAG